AUGCUCACGUCGGGGCUCACGAAUACUCCCCUCACCAAGACCCUCCUAAUCUAUACAAUCGCCUCAUCUAUCGCCCUCUCAAUAUUCGACAUCAAAUACCUCGUCGUGAUCCAUGUCUCUCCUCACUUCUGGCCCUACGCUCAAUUCUGGCGAGCUCUAGCAUGGCAAGUAGGCUUUGCCAACUCCACCGAAGCCCUCUUCGCAGCAAUGCUAGUCUACCAUCUCCGUGUCGUCGAGCGCGCAUGGGGGAAGCGGAAAAUGGCAACUUUCCUCCUCACAACACUACCCUACACAACUCUCCUCCCGCCAUUACUUCUCGCCCUUCUCCUUCGCCCUCUGUCCUUGAAUACAUUGAAUUAUCUCCCCUCCGGCCCAACAGCUAGCAUCUUCGCUCUGCUGGCGCAAUACCACGCCACUAUCCCAUAUACGUUCCGGUACCGCGUCGGAACCACUUCUGCAGAUGUAGAUGCGGAAACAGACGGAUCAGCUAGUCCUGAUCAGCAAGGAUCUAAACCGCCCACGCCCAGCCUGAGCCUGCUUCUCUCGGACAAAUCGACUACCUAUAUCGUUGCUUCUCAAUUGGCGCUCUCUCAAUUCCCCGCCAUGCUGCUCCCGUCGGCCGUCGGCUGGAUUGUCGGUGUGGCCUGGCGCGCGGAGCUAUUACCUGGUCUUUCGAGUGUGAGUUCUGGAUUCCGGGUUCCGGCGUGGGUGGUUGGUGAGCAGGAGCGCCGGUCUGGACCGGUGGGGCCAGGUGCUGAGGGGGAGAGAUAUGAGGACUUAAGGCGUAGGAUGGAGGGUGAGGUUGCUACGGCUUCUGGGCUGGAGGGAUCUGGACAGGCUCAGAGGCGGGGGGCCGGGGAGGAUAGUGGGCUUGUGGACAGAUUGAGGGGUGCUUGGUAG